CGCCGUGGCUCCGCAGUCCCGUGUGUGGAAGCUGCGGGGGCGGGGCGAGGAAGAGGAGGACGAAGAGGAGGAGGAAGAGGACGCUGCAUUGUUUUCACUCUCCGGCCGCCAAGAACCGAGCGGGACUCCGCGGCGCGUACGUCGGCCUUCAGGUGUAGGAAAGCAGCGUCUCGGCCCGCCACUCGGUGCCGCGUGUGUUUGAGGCCCGCGUGGCUGGCAGCAGCAGCAGGAAGCAGAAGGAAGGACUCGGCGGCGGCACAGUGGCAUUGAGGUGAAGAUGACGUCGGUAGCGGCGGAGUUCGAGCACAUGGAGAUCCAGCAGCAGUACAACAGUGAAGGCGUCAACAACCGCUGGGACGCCGACGACUGGGACAACGAGAACAGCUCGGCUCGGCUUUUCGAGCGCUCGCGCAUCAAAGCGCUCGCAGCUUUGGACUACCCCUCUCCCGGUCCCGUGCGGGGGUCCAGCCCGGGCCCCAGCUUCUCGGGCCAGGCGGCCUUCAACUACAACCAGCUGGAGGGUCGCUUCAAACAGCUCCAAGAUGAGCGUGAGGCCGUGCAGAAGAAGACCUUCACCAAAUGGGUCAACUCCCACCUCUCCAGAGUCUCCUGUCGGAUCACCGACCUCUACGUGGACCUGAGGGACGGCCGCAUGCUCAUCAAGCUGCUGGAGGUCCUGUCAGGAGAGAGACUGCCCAAACCCACCAAAGGCCGCAUGAGGAUUCACUGUCUGGAGAACGUGGACAAGGCUCUGCAGUUCUUGAAGGAGCAGAAGGUGCACCUGGAGAACAUGGGCUCCCACGACAUCGUGGACGGAAACCACCGCCUCACCCUGGGCCUCAUCUGGACUAUCAUCCUCCGCUUCCAGAUCCAGGACAUCAGCGUGGAGACGGAGGACAACAAGGAGAAGAAGUCUGCCAAGGAUGCUCUGCUGCUGUGGUGUCAGAUGAAGACCGCAGGAUACCCAAACGUCAACAUCCACAACUUCUCCACCAGCUGGAGGGACGGCAUGGCCUUCAACGCCAUCAUCCACAAACACAGGCCGGACCUGAUUGACUUUGACAAGCUGAAGAAGUCCAACGCUCACCACAACCUGCAGAACGCCUUCAACCUGGCCGAGCAUCACCUGGGCCUCACCAAGCUGCUCGACGCCGAGGACAUCAGCGUGGACCACCCUGACGAGAAGUCCAUCAUCACCUACGUGGUCACUUACUACCACUACUUCUCCAAGAUGAAGGCCCUCAAGGUGGAGGGCAAGCGAAUCGGGAAGGUUUUGGACAACGCCAUCGAGACGGAGAAGAUGAUCAAUAAGUACGAGUCUUUGGCUUCGGACCUGCUGGAGUGGAUCGAGCAGACCAUCAUCAUCCUCAACAACAGGAAGUUUGCCAACUCGCUGGUGGGCGUCCAGCAGCAGCUGCAGGCCUUCAACACCUACAGGACCGUGGAGAAGCCGCCAAAGUUCACAGAAAAGGGCAACCUGGAGGUCCUUCUGUUCACCAUUCAGAGCAAGAUGAGGGCCAACAACCAGAAGGUGUACACCCCUCGAGAGGGCAAACUCAUCUCCGACAUUAACAAGGCGUGGGAGCGUCUGGAGAAGGCAGAGCACGAGCGGGAGCUGGCGCUGAGGACGGAGCUGAUCCGCCAGGAGAAACUGGAGCAGCUUGCUCGACGCUUCGACCGCAAGGCCGCCAUGAGGGAGACGUGGCUGAGCGAGAACCAGCGCCUGGUCUCCCAGGACAACUUUGGCUUCGACCUCCAGGCGGUGGAAGCGGCCACCAAGAAGCACGAGGCCAUCGAGACGGACAUCGCCGCCUACGAGGAGCGCGUCCAGGCGGUGGUGUCCGUGGCCAAGGAGCUGGAGGCGGAGAAUUACCACGACAUCAAGCGCAUCACGGCCAGGAAGGACAACGUGAUCCGCCUGUGGGAGUACCUGCUGGAGCUGCUGAAGGCCCGCCGGCUGAGGCUGGAGCAGAACUUGGGUCUGCAGAGGGUCUUCCAGGAGAUGCUCUACAUCAUGGACUGGAUGGACGAGAUGAAGAUGCUGCUGCUCUCGCAGGACUACGGCAAGCACCUGCUGGGCGUGGAGGACCUGCUGCAGAAGCACGCCUUGGUGGAAGCUGACAUCGGCGUCCAGGCCGACCGGGUCAAGAACGUAAACGCCAACGCUCAGAAGUUCGCCGGCGACACAGAAGGUUACAAACCCUGCGACCCUCAGAUCAUCAGGGACCGCGUGGCCCACCUGGAGUUCUGCUACCAGGAGCUCAGCCAGCUGGCGGCCGAGCGGCGAGCACGCCUGGAGGAGUCGCGCCGCCUCUGGAAGUUCUUCUGGGAAAUGGCCGAAGAGGAGGGCUGGAUCCGGGAGAAGGAGCAGAUCCUGUCCUCGGAGGACUACGGCAAGGACCUGACGGGCGCCGUGCGGCUGCUGAGUCAGCACAAAGCCCUGGAGGACGAGACCACGGGGCGGGCCGCCCACCUGCAGCAGACCAUCAAGCAGGGCCAGGAACUGGUGGCUAACAAGCACUUUGGAGCCGACAAGAUCCAGGAACGCAUCCUGGACAUCCAGGACCAGUGGGCGUCCCUGGAGCGGCUCUCUGCUGUACGCAAAGCUCGCCUGCAGGAGGCGUGCAACCAGCACCAGUUCCAAGCGGACGCCGACGAUAUCGACACGUGGAUGCUGGACGUGCUGCGCAUCGUCUCCAGCGUGGACGUGGGCCACGACGAGUUCUCCACGCAGGCCCUGGUGAAGAAGCACAAAGACGUGGCCGAGGAGAUCGGCAGCUACCGUCCCGUCAUCGACGCCCUGCACGAGCAGUCGCGCACGCUUACGCCAGAGAAGGCCGACUCCGAGGAGGUCCGCAGUCGUCUGGCGGGCAUCGAGGAGCGCUACAAGGAGGUGGCGGAGCUGACGCGCCUGAGGAAACAGGCGCUGCAAGACGCGCUGGCGCUGUACAAAAUGCUGAGCGAGGCCAGCGCCUGCGAGGUGUGGAUCGACGAGAAGGAGCAGUGGCUCAACAGCAUGGACAUCCCCGAGAAGCUGGAGGACCUGGAGGUGGUCCAGCACCGCUUCGAGAGUCUGGAGCCGGAGAUGAACAGUCAGGCGUCCCGCGUUGCCGUCGUCAACCAGGUUGCUAGGCAACUCAUCCACAGCCAACACCCCGGUGAGAAGGAAAUCAAGUCCCAGCAGGACAAGCUCAACACCAGGUGGAGUCAAUUCCGAGACCUGGUGGACCAGAAGAAGGACAGCCUGAGCUCCGCUCUGGGAGUCCAGAACUACCACCUGGAGUGCAAUGAAACCAAGUCGUGGAUCAAAGAGAAGACCAAGGUCAUCGAGUCCACCCAGGAGCUGGGUAACGACCUGGCGGGCGUCAUGGCGCUGCAGAGGAAGUUGACGGGAAUGGAGCGGGACCUGGCCGCUAUCGAGGACAAGCUGGCCGACCUGGGAAAAGAGGCGGAGCGUUUGGGCUCGGAGCACACGGAGCAGUCUGAGGCCAUCAAGGGACGGCUGGCGGAGAUUACGGGCGUGUGGGAGGAGAUGAAGGACACCAUGAAGAACCGGGAGGAAUCUCUGGGCGAGGCCAGCAAGCUGCAGCAGUUCCUGCGCGAGCUGGACGACUUCCAGUCGUGGCUGUCGCGGACGCAGACGGCCAUCGCCUCCGAGGACAUGCCCAACACGCUGGCAGAGGCCGAAAAGCUGCUGACCCAGCACGAGGGCAUCAAGAACGAGAUCCGCAACUACGAGGAGGACUACCAGAAGAUGCGCGACAUGGGCGAGAUGGUGACGCAGGGCCAGACGGACGCGCAGUACAUGUUUCUGCGCCAGCGGCUCCAGGCGCUGGACACCGGCUGGAACGAGCUGCACAAGAUGUGGGAGAACCGCCAGAACCUGCUGUCCCAGUCUCACUCCUACCAGCUCUUCCUCAGGGACACCAAGCAGGCCGAGGCCUUCCUCAACAAUCAGGAGUACGUCCUGGCCCACACCGAGAUGCCCACCACCUUGGAGGGCGCCCAGGCCGCCAUCAAGAAGCAGGAGGACUUCAUGACCACCAUGGACGCCAACGAGGAGAAGAUCAGUGGCGUGGUGGACACCGGCCGCCGCCUGGUCACCGACGGCAACAUCAACACCGAGCGCAUCCAGGACAAGGUGGACUCCAUCGACCAGCGGCACCAAAAGAACCGAGCGGACGCCAACGACCUGCUGAUGAGGCUGAAGGACAACAGAGACCUACAGAAAUUCCUGCAGGACUGCCAGGAGCUGUCCUUGUGGAUCAACGAGAAGAUGCUGACAGCUCAGGACAUGACCUACGACGAGGCCCGCAACCUUCACAGCAAGUGGCUCAAACACCAGGCCUUUAUGGCCGAGCUGCAGUCCAACAAAGAGUGGCUGGACAAGAUACAGAAGGACGGCAAGACGCUAAUGGCGGAGAAGCCCGAGACAGAGGCCAUGGUUCGAGAGAAGCUGGCGUCGCUGAAGAAGAUGUGGGAGGAGCUGGAGUCCACCACGCAGACCAAGGCCAAGUGUCUGUUCGACGCCAACAAGGCGGAGCUCUUCACGCAGAGCUGUGCCGACCUGGACAAGUGGCUGGCCAACCUGGACGGGCAGCUGCAGUCCGACGACUACGGCAAAGACCUGACCUCGGUCAACAUCCUGCUCAAGAAACAGCAGAUGCUGGAGAGCCAGGUGGAGGUGCGCCAGAAGGAGGUGCAGGAGCUGCAGAGUCAGUCGCAGGUGCUCAGUCAGGAGGGCAAAGGCUCAGAGGAGGUGGACGGUCAGCGGAUCGGCGUGGAGAAGAAGUUCUGCUCUCUCCAGGCGCCGCUGCAGAGCCGCCGGGAAAACCUCAUGGCCUCACGCGAAAUCCACCAGUUCAACCGCGACGUGGAGGACGAGAUCCUGUGGGUGGAGGAGAGAAUGCCCGUGGCCACCUCCACAGACCACGGACACAACCUUCAGACCGUCCAGCUGCUCAUCAAGAAGAACCAGACCCUGCAGAAAGAGAUCCGGGGCCAUCAGCCGCGCUACGACGACAUCUUCCAGCGCAGCCAGCACAUCCUGAGGCAGGACCGGCCGACCACCGAGCUCAUCCGCCGGCGUCUGGCCGAGCUGCAGGCGCUGUGGGAGCAGAUCCGCAAGGAGACGGAGAAGCGCCACUCCCGCCUGAGCGAGGCCCACGAGGCUCAGCAGUACUACUUCGACGCCGCCGAGGCCGAAGCCUGGAUGAGCGAACAGGAGCUCUACAUGAUGUCCGAGGAGAAGGCCAAGGACGAGCAGAGCUCGGUGGCCAUGUUGAAGAAGCACCAGAUUCUAGAGCAGGCGGUGGAGGACUACGCAGACACCGUCCACCAGCUGUCCAGCACCAGCCGAGGUCUGGUGGCUGCCGAGCACCCCGACAGCGAGCGCAUCGGAAUGCGCCAGUCGCAGGUGGACAAGCUCUACGCCGGCUUGAAGGAUCUGUCGGAGGAACGUCGAGGGAAGCUGGAUGAGCGCUUCCGUCUCUUCCAGCUCAACAGGGAAGUGGACGACCUGGAGCAGUGGAUCGCGGAGAGGGAGGUAGUCGCCGGCUCGCACGAGCUGGGCCAGGACUACGAGCACGUGACGAUGCUGCAGGAGCGCUUCCGAGAAUUUGCUCGCGACACGGGCAACAUCGGCCAAGAGCGCGUGGACGGCGUCAACCGGCUGGCGGACGAGCUGAUCAACGGCGGCCACGGCGACGCCGCCACCGUCGCCGAGUGGAAGGACGGCCUGAACGAGGCCUGGGCCGACCUGCUGGAGCUCAUCGACACGCGCACGCAGAUCCUGGCCGCCUCCUUCGAGCUGCACAAGUUCUACCACGACGCCAAGGAGAUCCUGGGACGCAUCCUGGACAAGCACAAGAAGCUUCCCGAGGAGCUGGGCCGCGACCAGAACACGGUGGAGACGCUGCAGAGGAUGCACACCACCUUCGAACACGACAUCCAGGCUCUGGGCACGCAGGUGCGACAGCUUCAAGAAGAUGCAGUCCGCCUGCAGUCUGCGUACGCUGGAGAUAAAGCUGACGACAUCCAGAAGAGAGAAGGAGAGGUUCUGGAGGCCUGGAAGAACCUUCUAGAAGCGGUAGAAGGCCGUCGUGGAAAGCUAGUAGACACAGGAGACAAGUUCCGUUUCUUCAGUAUGGUGCGAGACUUGAUGUUGUGGAUGGAGGAUGUCAUCCGACUCAUCGAGGCUCAGGAGAAGCCACGGGACGUGUCGUCGGUGGAGCUGCUGAUGAACAACCACCAGGGCAUCAAGGCGGAGAUCGACGCCCGCAACGACAGCUUCACUUCCUGCAUCGAGUUGGGCAAGUCCCUCCUGGCCAGGAAGCACUACGCGUCUGAGGAGAUCAAAGAAAAGUUGCUGCAGUUGACGGACAAGAGGAAAGAUAUGAUUGACAAGUGGGAGGACCGAUGGGAGUGGCUUAGGCUGGUCUUGGAGGUGCACCAGUUCUCGCGGGACGCGGGCGUGGCCGAGGCGUGGCUGCUGGGCCAGGAGUCGUACUUAUCCAGCCGCGAGAUGGGACAGAACGUGGACGAGGUGGAGAAGCUCAUCAAACGCCACGAGGCCUUCGAGAAGUCCGCCGCCACCUGGGAGGAACGCUUUGCGGCGCUGGAGAGGUUGACCACGAUGGAGUUGUUGGAAGUGCGAAGAAGGCAAGAAGAGGAAGAGAGGAAGAACCAACCCCCCGCUGAGGCUCCGCCUUCUCAGGACGCCGCGCAGCACCGGGAGGGGGAGCAGCCGAGCCACAACGGGCUGGCGUCUGAGCAGGACUCUCCCAGGGACGCCGAAGGAGGCGAUGUUGUGAACGGCUUGUCCGAGCCCAGCCCCACGGGUUCCCCCGGGGCGUCUCGCGGUGGCAAAGCCAGCCUGGCGGCGACCCUGCCGAUUAAGAGUCAGCAAGAGGGGCCGGCGUCGCAGCUGGAGGGCUUCCUGCACCGCAAGCACGAGUGGGAAGGGCACAACAAGAAGGCUUCGAGCAGGUCGUGGCAUCACGUCUACUGCGUGAUCAACCAGCGGGAGAUGGGCUUCUACAAGGACCAGAAGAGCGCCAGUCAGGGCGUGCCGUACCACAGCGAGAUCCCCGUCAGCCUCCAGGACGCCGUCUGCGAGGUGGCGCUCGACUACAAGAAGAAGAAACAUGUCUUCAAACUCAAAAUCACUGACGGUAACGAGUAUCUCUUCCAAGCCAAAGAUGACGAGGAAAUGAACUCGUGGAUCUCCAUUAUUUCGGCGGCCAUCUUGGGCGAGAAAACGGAGGUGACGCCCAGCAGCCAUAGCACGCCGGCACCUUCCGCACGCGCUCAGACGCUGCCGGCCUCGGUCACCACGGCGACCGCGGCGCCACCGGCCGAGUCGAGCCCCGGCAAGCGAGAGAAAGACAAAGAGAAACGCUUCAGUUUGUUCAGCAAGAAGAAAUAAACGCUCCUCCCUACUUCCUGUUCUCCCUCCUAUCCUACUUCCUGUCCUCCUCCUCUUCCCUUGGUGCUGAUUGGCUACGUCCCUCGUCAUGACCACAUGUUGCAUGAGGGCUGUUACCAUAGCAACUAAACACUUCACUCCAUUAAAGUUCAACAAUAUUCACUUUACAACCUGCAACUAUCUGGACGCUUUCCUAGUCCCCCUUAGUCCAUCCUGGUCCCUUCGAGUCUGUCCUGGUCCCCCAUUGUCCCUGCGUACCCCUACUUGUCCCUCCUAACCCCUCCCAGUCCAUCCCGGUCCCUCCCAGCCACUCCUGGUCCCUCCUAGUCUUUCCCGGUCCCCCAUUGUCUAUCUGUGCCCCUACUUGUUCCUCCUGAUCCCUCCGAGUCUUUUUUGGUCCCCCCUAGUCCAUCCUGGUCCGUCCCAGUCCUUCCUGGUCCCCCCUAGUCCAUCCUGGUCCCCCCUAGUCCAUCCUGGUCCCUCCCAGUCCUUCCUGGUCCCUCCCAGUACACCCUGGUCCCUCCCAGUCUUUCCUGGUCUCUCCUAGUCCAUCCCGGUCCUUCCCAGUCUUUCCUGAUCCUUCCUAGUCCCUCCUGGUCCCUCACAGUCCGUCCGUGUCCCACCAAGUCUUUCCUGGUCCCUCCCAUCCACCCUAGUCCCUCCCAAUCCACCCUGGUCCCUCCCGGUCCCUCCCAGUCUUUCCUGGUCUCUCCUAGUCCCUCCCAGUCUUUCCUUGUCCCAGCAUGCCAGCUCAAGCCAUAGGUCUCCACUCUGUGCCUAGUGACGGCCCAGUUCAGCUCAGAGUUCCAGUCCCGGUGUAGACCAGGUCCAGUCUGGCGUGCACGUUGAAGGCUCUCCUCUCUUAGCGUCUCUUAGAGUCGUGUUUUUUUCCCGCCUUUCCUUUUUCCCCGCCUCUUCCUCGGCUUCUGGUCCAACGCUGCCUUCGGAUUGGUCGCCUCCCUCCGCGCGUCUUGGAGGAAGUGGACGCCUACUUCCUGUUUGGCGGCGCUAGGGGGCGACGGCGAGCUGAGAGGCGUAUGUAAAGUUGUGUAUAAGAAAUAAUCUCACGUGUUCUUAGUGCUACUAACUGCUUGGCGGAGACAAGACGUCUUCCAAAUGUACGCCAGCCUCUUUUCUUCUCGUCACUCACGCGCUAGAAGGUUCUAGAACACUUUCUCGGACGUGACGGCGCUCGCUUGCUCGUGGGUUGCUUUUGUAGCUUGGUGUGUUCGUCCUGACAGGUGACCACGCCCAGCUCCUCCGCAUGGAAACUCAACAGCCAAUGAGAGCGAGCCUUUGUUUGGGCGCGUUUGUUUUCCACUCCACACGUUCUCCUUUUUUUCUUUUUUUUCUUUUUCUCCGACGUUUUGCAAAGCGUAGUGCGCUCUCUCACUGUUACCAUAGUAACCACACAAUCAAUAAAGCCACGACGUGGGCGGGGCGGGGUGGGUGUGACGGGGACGCGAGGGUCACUGCUGAUUGGACGUGCACCUGUAGACUCCUCCCCCUUUCCUCCUCCCCUCCCCCCUCCUCUCUGUCUGUUACAUUCGUGCAAAAAAAGCCAUUAAAAUGCUUUUAAAACAA